AUGUCUUUUUACGCCAACACACCUCAUAAACAACUCUACACAAAACGUAGCUUCGUAAAGGUUAAGGAUGGUGAUAAACUGGUACGAGUAUUACGAAGAAACGGUUCUCCGAGCGUCAAGCAGGAGCAGCGAAGACUUAUUCGGCUUAUUCCUGUGGAUUUUGUGGAAGGACCGCCUCUCAGUUCUCAAGGAACUUAUGGCAAAAGAACAAAAACGAGCUCGCAGCAUAAUCCACAAAAAAGGAAGAACCCUGAUGGUGACGUUUUCGGCUAUGAAGAGGAUGAUGAAGCACUCGGUCAGGACUACAAAACGUUCAUUGAAAGAGUUGAACAAGAUAAGUCGAUAAUGGAAAAGAAUGUGGAAAAUAUCCGGGAGAAAACACAUGUGAUUCCUGCACCGCAACAACGUUCUUCCCAAUCAGCAGAAGAUGAGACCAUUUCAGCUAUUAAAGAGGGGCUACAAAUUCUCCUCCAUGGACAACAGGAAAUCGGCUCGAGGCUUGAUUCUCUUCAAAAAGAACAAUUGAAAAGCAAAGUAGAGCUGGAAGAUGGAAUGGCCAAUUUUAUGGAAAAACUUAAAAGUGACAUAGUUGAAAAGACUCUUGAUCAGACAGAAGAGUUGGAAAAAUUCAGGAUUAAGCAACAAGAUCUCUACAGCCAGUUCGGAUUUCUAAAUCUUCGUCUGGACGAAUUAGAACGUCUUGUAGCGAAUUUGCUGCACGAGACGAAGGACGAUCCACAUGUGAUAAUAAAGCUGGACAAGCCAGCGGAAAUUGAAGAAAUAACUAGAAGCGAAUCUCUACAAAGUGUGUUAUCCAUCUCUUCUGGAUCAACAGUUGAAGAUCCAUCAAGUCAACAGAAAAAGACACGCAAACCAUCGCAAGCUUUCCUCUACACCCAAAAUAUUGAAGAUCCUCAGAAAGGCGUUCGAAAAGGCGAGUUUGCAGAAGUAACUCAAUUAUGA